UUCCUCCCGCAGCGCACGCGGGCCGGUUACGCAGCGCCAUGGCUCGGGAGAACGGGGACGCGGGCAGAGGGGAGACGUGGAAGAAGCAGGUCGACGACAUCAAGAAGAUCUUCGAUUUCAAAGAAGUGCUCGGCACGGGGGCGUUCUCGGAGGUGGUGCUGGCCCAGGAGAAGCUGACCGGACGCAUGUUCGCCGUCAAGUGCAUCCCCAAGAAGGCCCUGAAGGGGAAGGAGAGCAGCAUCGAGAACGAGAUCGCCGUGCUGAGGAAGAUCAAGCACGAGAACAUCGUGGCGCUGGAGGACAUCUACGAGAGUCCCGACCACCUCUACCUGAUCAUGCAGCUCGUGUCCGGCGGCGAGCUGUUCGACCGCAUCGUGGAGAAGGGUUUCUACACGGAGAAGGACGCCAGCACGCUGAUCCGGCAGGUCCUGGACGCCGUCAACUACCUGCACAGGAUGGGCAUCGUGCACCGAGACCUGAAGCCUGAGAAUUUGCUGUAUUUCAAUCCUCAAGACGAGUCAAAGAUCAUGAUCAGCGACUUCGGCCUCUCCAAGAUGGAGGGCAGCGGCGACGUCAUGUCCACGGCGUGCGGCACGCCGGGAUACGUGGCUCCGGAGGUCCUGGCCCAGAAGCCGUACAGCAAGGCGGUGGACUGCUGGUCCAUCGGCGUGAUCGCCUACAUCCUGCUCUGCGGUUAUCCGCCGUUUUACGACGAGAACGACUCCAAGCUGUUCGAGCAGAUCCUGAAAGCCGACUACGAGUUCGACGCCCCCUACUGGGACGACAUAUCAGACUCAGCCAAGGAUUUCAUCAGCAGCCUGAUGGAGAAGGAUCCAGCCAAGCGUUUCACCUGCGAACAGGCACUCAGACAUCCCUGGAUCGCUGGGGAUACGGCUCUCUGCAAGAACAUCCAUGAGUCAGUCAGCCGGCAGAUCAGGAAGAACUUUGCCAAGAGCAAAUGGAGGCAAGCGUUCAACGCCACCGCCGUGGUCCGACACAUGAGGCGGCUGCAGCUGGGCAGCAGCAUGGGGAGCAGCAUGGACGCCUCCAACUCGCCAAACCGGCCGGGUCAGACGCCGAAGGCGGCCCAGGGCCAGGCGAGCCAGGCCAGGCCGAGCCAGGCCGGCCAGAGCCAGGCCGGCCAGAGCCAGUCGGCUCAGAGCCAAAACGGCGGCCAGGCGGCCCAGAGCUCCAACGCCAGCGCCAGCAAAAACUCUUCCAUAGACAACAACAUCGCAGCUCCACGCAAGGAAUGUGUCACGGCGCCCGUCACGCCCUGCAGCCUGGCGUCCGCGGCCUCCUCCCCCGCCGCGGGGGCGGAGCUGGCCCGGCCGCACCCCUCGGCGGUCCCCGCCCCGGUGCUGACCGAGACCAAGUGACGCCAGGUCCCGCGGGGGACCAGCUGGGAGGCCACGGCGCUGUGAGGCGGAGCGACGGAGCGAGUCGGAGCCCGACGGAGGAGAGGACGACGAUCGCCCUUCCUCUUCCGCCCUCCCCUCCCUCUCUGAGACGCGACCCCACCCCCUCUCCUCCCCCCCAGCCAGUACCCCGCCCUGCUCGCGGGAGAGAGCAGAGAACUUUACCUCCACCCCCCGCCGGCUCAAGCCGCCAUUGCCAUACUGUCCGCGCUCCACAAACCGGGACGACGCAGCGGAGACGGCGCGUCCACGGACUCCCGGCGGACCCGGUGCUGCCGUAUUGUUCGCUGACCUUCAGCAUCAACUUCCCUCUUGAAUCUGGUCUUUCCUGCACCAUCGAACUUUUUUUCUUUUUUUUUUGUUCCAAUUUAGGUUUUUGACUGUUGGCAACUGGAUUAUUUAAUUUCUUAUUGUCACUGUUGCUGUUAAAGGUGGUUUGUGUAGCUUCUAAGGUGCAUUAGUGUCGCUGUGAUAUUGCAGAGCUUUUAUUUUGACAACUAGUGUUUUCUGCUUUUCUCACGUCCUCCUUAUGUCUGGGAAUCAUUACCAAACAAUCUGCAUAUUGAAGCAAAAGCAGAGAAACGUGUAAAGGUGUGCGACUCAGUCGCCCAAAGGGGAAGAUGAAUAACUAAUGCAUCGGAUCUAUGCAUAUGGACUAGUUGACUAAAGGCUAAACAUGGGCUUUACUAGCAGGACAGAGACAACAGCUUUGAAACGUUUUUUUAUAUUUAGAAAAAUACAUAAAAAUUAACCUUAAUUUCGCUAUUUAAAACUUUUUGUAUGAGCAGCCUUAGCCGUAACCCUUUACGAUUGGUUAUCUUCGACACUGACGUUACUGACGCUGCAAUCUCACGUGACGGCGAUGGAUCCGCUACACACAGCACCUUUAAGACCAGUUAUUUUCUUGUGUUUGUCUGUUUGUGCUUUAAGAAGUGCUUUAAAAAAGUACCAUAUGACUGUUGAGAUGUGAAAA